UGUUUAUCUCGUGGUCUGAGUUUACCACGUGACUCCGUAUUAUCAACAAACCCACGUGACCGAGGGCGGUGACGUCACCCGCCAGCGGAGGGACCCGGAAGUGAGUCGGACCCGCGCAUGUCGGUACCUGGUUCUGCGGGUCUGCUCGUCCCAGAUGGAGGUGUCUACUGUAUUCCUGCUGCUGCUGCUGCUGCAGGUCCAGGUGGCCCAGGUGUUCGCGGGGGUCAGAGGUCACGCAGGGCAGGAGUGGCCCGUACCUUACAGGCGCUUCGAUCGCCGGCCGGAUGUGGACUCGUUCUGUGAAGCCCGGUACCCGUUCUGUCCCACCGGGGACCGGGACGGACGGAUCCCCUACAUGAGGGACAGUGACGUCAUCUCGGUGUUCAGGAUGCAGACGCCGGUGUGGGAGUUCAAGUACGGAGACCUGCUGGGGAAACUGCACAUCAUGCACGACGCCGUUGGCUUCCACAGCGCGGAGAUGCGGGCCAACUACACCAUGGAGUGGUACGAGCUGUUCCAGCUGGGGAACUGCACCUUCCCCCACCUGAGGGCCGACGUGGCCGCCCCCACCUGGUGCAACCAGGGCGCCGCCUGCUUCUUCCAGGGCAUCGACGACCAGCACUGGCUGCAGAACGGCACGCUGGAGCAGAUCGGCCAGAUCUCCGGGAACCAGUUCAACGACUUGGCCCGGUGGGUUCAGGACGACAACGAGACGGGGAUCUACUACGAGACGUGGACGGUGCUCUCGGACCCGGGCCCCAACGCCACCGUGUGGUUCGAGUCCUACGACUGCUCCCAGUUCGUCCACCGGACCUACAGGAAGCUGGCGGAGCUGGGGGCCAAGCUGUCCAGCCGGAGCCAGACCAACUACACCAAGAUCUACCUGUACAGCGGCGAGCCCGCCUUCCUGGGCAACGACAGCGCCAUCUUCGGCCAGCCGGCGCUGGAGAACCUGGCCCUGGACAUCCGCAAGUUCUACUACACGUUCCGGCCGCGCCAGUCCUUCGGGGAGCUGGCCGUGAGCCUGCUGGAGGCGUUUAAGGACGUGGUGCUGGGCCGGAGCUUCUACCUGUACUACAACUUCCAGUACUGGCACCUGCCCAUGAAGGCGCCGUUCAUGCGCAUCACGUACGAGGAGGUGCCGCUGCCGCCGCCGGCCGGGCCGCCGGCUCCCUGAACGUUGGGUCGUUCAACAUGAAAAAUAAACCAUUGCCACCACAACAAUUUAUUUGGUUUGUGCAGCAGGGCUGGGGAUCGAUUAACACUGCAAAAACUCAAAAUCUUACCAGGAAUAUUUGUCUUAUUUCUAGUUAAAAUGUCUCAUUUUUAGUCAAAAAAUAUCAUUACACUUAAAACAAGAGUUAUUACCAGAAAAAUAACUUAUUUGACAAUUUUCACCUGUUUCAAGUAAAUUUUCACUUGAAAUAAGUAGAAAAAUCUGCCAGUGGGACAAGAUUUAUCUUCUC